UUAGUCAAUUGUUCAGAUUUUUUUUUCGUACUUCUAUAACUAAAAUAUUUUAUUUGGUUAUUUGAACAAUACGAAUUCUGGAUCCUUAAAAAAUUGGGAGAAACCUUAAAGUGGAAAUAAAAAUGAAUAAUAACUGUGCUUAAGUGUGUUUGUGAUUUUUUCUGACUUGUGACUUAUUUUUACGUGAUAAGUGUUUUAAUUAAUUAAUUAAUUAAUAAUAUACAUAGCUAAUAAAAUUUGACAAGUUAACUUGGUUAAUUUUGGAGCUGAGAUUGUCAAAUUAUCAAAAUAUUCACAACACAUAGUAAUUAUUACUAUUUAAGAUUGUAAUUGUCUGCUUAUAAACUUUGUCUACUUGUCGUACAAUUGUUUGAAACAAUUUAAGUGAUUGUAUCAAUGUAUAAUUGGAAUUAAUUAAUAUUUAGACAGUCUAAAUGCCAUAAGUAAGCUUUGUAUAAAAAUAAUCCGGACACAAAGGACGUAAAAACUGGAUAUUGCAUCGACAGCAAAGCCUCUAGACUACUCUGGAUUUGGCCGUACGGAUUGUCCAUCGCCAGACGAUAAUCGGACCACGUCAUCAGCGAAUUAUUAUGCACGUUGCGAGAUGGUGUGCUCCGUGACCAGCGCCGAGAGCCUCCGUAAUAGCGGUAUAACAGAGGCCACUCGUGUUCAUCAUCAUACUCUGGAUACAUCGUCCCAUAAUACUAAUAAUAACAAUAAUAACAACAAUAAUAACAAUAUUUCUGGAGGUAGUGGUGUGAAUCACCCAUUGGUCCUUGAAGUGAGAGACAGAAGUGAAAUAAUAGACGCAAUGUCAUCGCUAAGUGAUGCCCACAGAAGAAACGGGCAUAUGGACGGCGACCGAAGUUCUUCCGCAGGGUCAUCACUGGGAUCUUGUUCGCCACCGCCAGCUUCGAGCCACUCGCCGCCUCCGCCCCGGCCACCUUGGCUCCACGAUUUUCAUGCUGCGGCUUCACCUCACGUGUUGCAAUUCCUAAAUUUGAGUGGUGGGGGCAUGCUAGCGGCUAGCCAACCGCUUGCUGCGCUCCACUCGAUGGCCGAACGGAGCCAUCAGCACCAACAACAGCAGCAGCAAUUGCAGCAACAGCAUGCGGCUCAGCUUCAGCGGCAGUCUAUUGGACUGGGACAGAUAAAUUCAACACCUCCGCAGGGCCAAGCGUCGCCUACUGGCAGUGGAAAACAUAGCCCAGCUACUUCUGUUACUUCGGUAGGCAGCAAUCCGCACGGCAUUGACAAUAUUCUAUCCCGGCCCGCUGCUACUCAUCCUCAGGUUCCUUCAUCGGCGGCUCACGCGCUCGCGUCUACUCCCAGCCAUCCGCAGCACUUGGCUGCGCCGAGAUAUGGAAUGCAUGCGGGUUUCACUGCUUCUGCAGGACUCGGACAGUUUCAGCAGAGGACAGAAGCUCGACAUCCGGCUGUUUACUGGCCAGGAUUGCAGGGACUUGUUAGUGAUCCUCUGGCAUGGCGAGCUCGGUUACAUUCCUUGUCACAGCAGUUGGGAUGUCAACAAGCGAUGUCAGGAGCUGCUGGUGGUGGUGCCGGCGGUGAACACGAUAACGGCAAGAAGAAACACACAAGACCGACAUUUAGUGGACAGCAGAUAUUUGCUCUGGAGAAGACAUUUGAGCAGACGAAGUAUCUUGCUGGACCAGAACGUGCUAAACUAGCUUAUGCUCUGGGAAUGUCUGAGUCACAAGUCAAGGUCUGGUUCCAGAACAGAAGAACCAAGUGGAGGAAAAAGCACGCCGCAGAGAUGGCCACGGCGAAGCGACGCCAAGAAGAAGUGGAAGGUGUCUCGGCGGACAACGAGGACGGGUGCAGUGACGGCGAAAGCGAAUCCACCGGAGAAACAGCUGCCAAGAGACUCAGACGAGAGCUGGAGCAACAGUACGGGCCGUGAGAAGAGAUAAUGCUUGGGGGUGGAAGGCGUGGCCGCGGACUCUAGGGGCGGUACAGCUGGAAUCGGGGUAAGAGUGACGUCCAACGAGGGAAGAAACUCCAAAGACCAUGCCAGGAGUUUCUUCGGCUAAACCCGGCACGAGCUUCUCAACACCAAUUGCUGUAUUCAACUGAUGUACGUCGAAGCGACGAGCUUUCUUCGAGAGCAAGAACAAGAGUAACAGCAAGAGGAUUUUCACCGACCCUUUUCUUUUUCUUUCUUCUUGUCUACCACAAAUUUCUCUAUUUUUUCCUUAUCUCUCUCCUCGUCUCUCGUAAUCCGGUUCGCGCGACACCGGUUUGACUCGCGAAGGGGAUCAAUGAUGCUAAUGGUUUCCUUUUUUUUUAAACUGGGAUCUUUAGUUUCAACGGCAAUCGUGAUUGAUCAGCAAACUUCUUUCGGUUUUGUUUUAAUCUCAGAACUUUUGAAUUUGAGAUCGAGGAUUCUGAGACUCGAGGGUGGAAAUUAAGAAUGAAUUUUUUAUUUAUAGACACAGAUUUUGAUGUUAACUUUGUUACUUUUUGUAAGAAAAAAUUUGAUGCAAAAGUUUGUCGUGAUAAAGAAGUUUAAUCAAACCUUCAAAUUUUUCCAAUAAAUAAAAAAAAAACUUUAGUUAUUAUUUACAAGUGAGGUUAACCCCAUU